AUGAGCCAUAGAAGGACUACGCCAAGAGGCUCGUUAAAUGGAGCUGGCUCGUACAAGCCUUCCAACUCUGAAAACAGCGUUUUACAACGCGAGCUAUUGGAGGAGAACAAGCAAGAGAUUUUUGAGGCAUUCUCUCUUUUUGACAUGAACAACGAUGGAUUUCUCGACUAUCACGAAUUCAAGGUGGCUGCGCGCGCGCUGGGUUUCGAAAUGUCGAAAACUGAGCUGCUAGAACUGCUGGAAAAAUACGACCGUGAUGGAAGGCGACUGAUUCAUUAUGAUGACUUUUUCCUCGUGAUGGGCGAAAGAAUACUAGAGCGUGAUCCGCUUGACGAGAUCAGGCGUGCGUUCAAACUAUUCGAUGAUGAUAAUACCGGCAAGAUCAGUUUGAAGAACCUUCGGCGCGUGGCGAAGGAACUGGGGGAGAACCUCACUGAUGACGAGCUUCGCGCCAUGAUUGAUGAGUUCGAUCUUGACAACGAUGGAGAAAUAAGUGAACGCGAGUUCAUCGCGAUAUGCACCGAUAUGUAA